AUGGUACCACCCAAACCUUCAGUUACUGGGGACUACUAUGCACGGGUUAUCAAAUCAGAUUUGAUGAGAGCAGUAAAGAGAAAGCGCCCAGAUCUGAUAAGAUCUGGAUUCAUUCUGCACCAUGAUAACGCACCUAGCCAUAAAAGUCGGGUUGUGAUGGACACCAUGGAAACACUGGGUAUAGAAAACCUAAUUCAUCCCCCCUACAGCCCAGAUUGUGACGUCUUGCUAUUUCCAGUUUUGAAAGAUAACCUACGGGGAGAAAAAUAUGAGUCCCUGGAAGAUCUUGAAAAAAUAUACAAUGACUGUUCGGAGAUUUUGAAAAGAAACCCCAGUAGGAAAGGAAAAGACGGUGUGUACGUUAUUUAUCCCGACAGACGGAGAGAGGUCUACUGUGACAUGACGACAGAUGGAGGAGGGUGGACGGUGAUUCAGAAACGAGAAGAUGGUGAUGUUGAUUUUUACAAGACAUGGAUAGAGUAUCAACAGGGAUUUGGGAAUGCAACUAAAAACUAUUGGAUAGGGAAUGACGCAAUUCACACCUUAACAAGGGAUAAAGACCAAGAACUUCGGAUAGAUCUCCAGAGGCAUAACGGAGAACAGGCCUAUGCUGUGUAUUCUACAUUUUACAUCGAAGAUGAAGACAAUGAAUAUACACUUACAGUGUCUGGAUACAGCGGAACAGCGG